UGGUCGCGAUAUUUACUCAUCAAAAUGUAAACAGGAACUUUGGUCAUCGGUGAAGCGGAAAACGAUUGAACAAGCGUGGUCUAUUUAUAAUGUAUUACUUGGAAAAACAGUGUGAGUUCCUUGGAAUUCGGCAUCGUGUAAUUUAUAAUUUCAUUUCACUUGAAGCCGUUUUACCUGCAACUGUUGUGUUCCUGUCUUUUGGGAUACACCGGCAGAAUAUCAUGUUUCGUUUUUAUCGUGGGAUUUUUAUCCUCGUGUUAUUUUAUAUUGUGCCAAUAUAUUCAACAGACGGUAUGUGUAAAUUUUUCAUUUCAACUAUAAUAUAAUGAUUAACGGCUUGAGAUGGUAGACAGUGAAGAAUUCAGAAUUAUGUCUCCAUGACCAUGUGUAAGGAACUAAGGAACUACCAACUGACUCAGUACAUACACGUACGUUGAAGUUGUCAAUAGCUUAGCACCGUGUUUGUAUGUUAAAGUAUUAUUUUGUGCCACAAUAUGUUACUAUUACUGUUCGAACAGUAUGGUCAAAUUAUUAUAUCAAAAGUGAAAAUAAAGAUUACAUGCCGGCAUUUACAUUAAUCAUAUAUAUAUGUAAGUUUUACAAAGUUAAUUUCGUACCGAAAUAAUAAUUCGAGAAGGGAACUGGAAUUGCUAUUUGAACCACUGGAAAUGGAUUUGGCACCAGGAUUUUUUACUAAAUCCCAUGAUCAAGUUAGCAAAUUAGUAGCCUGCGUGGCAGCCCUUCCCGCGCCUCGCCUCCCUAAUUUUCGUUGCCCGCGCCUCAAACCCAACCCUUAAAACCGCCAGCUACGCAGGCUAGCAAAUUAGCGGCUCGAGUGACCUCGAUACAGACAAAAUUUUGGCUUUGAGAUUCAAUAUUUGAAUAAACCCCUUUUAUGCUGAAAGCGAGAGCCGAAGGCCCGUGGAAAUUUUUAAAUCUAGAGUCUCUGAAAUGCCAUUUCCUGGUCUUUGGGGAAGAUUUGCCAGAAUUCUGAUAGUCAGAAAACAGCGUUUUAGUAUGUCGAAAUUUACAAUUUACUGCAUGAGUACUAAAUGGGUGAAUAUAUUGAAUAAGUUGCAGGAAAGUAUGGGUGUUAUCUUCAUUCUUUGCAGUUUGUCACGGAUUAAAUGAUAAAGGUCUGCAUGAUUUUGAAAAAAGAAUGAUUAUUAGCAAAUUAUUGGGGGGGGGGGGCUUCAGUCCCCCCCCCCAGCCUCCCCGGUUGCUACGGCCCUGUAUCACCCUCAUUGAAGUUUGGGUAAGACUAGGUAGGAUAGUCCAAGCUGAGCUACAAUCAUGGCAAAGACUAAUUGUGGACAGCGCGUGCGCAAAUGAAAACAUAUGCAAUGCACUCCCUUCUUCCCCCUUUCCAUGUUGAAAAGCUAAUAUAUUGGUUAAGCUAAAGCUUUGUGAAAUACGGGGGGGCUCCAAAUCUGCUGCCAACAUGUCCAUAUCAACAUUCAUAUUUUCGGUCCACAUAAUUUUUGCCAAGCUAUUAGUAAAACACGGACUGCGGAGCAGGGAGCACACGGAAUACGGAGCACACGAAGCACGGAGCACACGGAGUACGGAGCAUGCAGUAAAAAAACCAAAAUCCUUUAUGAUAAAAUUUUUGUUAUUAUUAAUAAAAUUAAUUAAGACGCUUGCUAUGGCUAAGCGUUUACUCGAGGCUCGAGCUAAAGGAGUGUUUUUGCUGAAGCUUUUAGAAGCGGAGAGUUCAGUGUAUUUGUAAGAUAUAGUAUUCAGCGUAUUCACAUCAAGAUUUACUUCGUACAUUUCACAUCGUACUCGUUUAAAGUGCAUUAUAUUUACGAGUUAAUCAGCGAGCUUACCCUGUGGCGUGGCGAUAUAGGCGUCACUUCCAAAGCGUGGUCAGUUGAGUUCGAAUCCGUUGUUUUAUUUUCAAAUUUAAAAAAAACUUUUCAUCUUUUUUUGAGUCUGAUUUUAAGGUUAAUAAGUCUUAGGAUUUAAUAGGAUUUCGGAUUGUUUAUAGGUCUUAGGAUUUAAUAGGAUUUCGGAUUAUUUUUGUUAUUAGGAUUUUGGGUUGUGCGUAGUGUGGUUUAAUUUUUUUAAGAGAAUAUUUUUAACACUUUAGGACUAAAUUUCCUGACUGCCGGGCAGGCAGGCGCGUACGUAGUAUUUUGAAAAAACCGCCCGGCAGGCGCGUGUAGACUAGUAUUUCGAUUCCGAUGGAAUUAUAAAGUUUGAUAGUUCAUACAUGUGAUGGAUAUUUUGAAUAUAAACUAGAUCGAGUACACAAAAUAUGCGUACAAUCGUUUAGUUUUGAUCGACGGUACGCUUUAUUGAAAGCGUACAGCCGUUUACUUUUGAUUGAGUACGCUUAAAGAGCAUACAUUCACAAAUAUUUGAUGGGUUACGCAUAUUAAAAUGCACUAUUAUUACAGUUUUUGUAAGAGUACUGACAGUACAGUCGAUAGAUGUAUGACAACCGAAUGGCUUUUGGCAGUUUUGGCAUCAUAUGUGUUUUUUAAAAGCGCAGCCCCACUAAUUUCCUACUUCCCCAACGUGUAAAACGCGAAAAAUCUUUAUUAAUAAUAACAAAAAUUUGUAAUAGUAAACAAUGGUUUUUCUACUGGUCUCUACGUACUAUUUAAAAAACGAGCAGGAGUGUUUUAUUAGGUUUAAAGCCACGAGCGCGCAGCGCGAGUGGCUUUAGACCUAAUAAAACACGACACGUUUUAAAUGGCUUCAAAAACGUUUGCAUAAUAAGUCAAAUCUUUAUAUAAAAAUCUUUAUAUAGUUUGCAUAACAAUGGUCUUUUGUUAAAGUGUUCUUUAGCUGGUAUAAAGACGUAUGCACGUGACUAAUUUCUUACUCAAGAUUGGAUAAUUGCUUCAUGAAUUAUUAAUGAGUUUUUGAAUGCUCCAUACUACGUGUGCUCCGUACUCCGUGUGCUCCGUGCUCCGUGUUUUACUAAUAGCCUUUUUGCCAUGAUUGUAGCAUUUCCUUUUAAAAACGUUGUCCAAUCUGUAGCCUUGUAGAAAAAUUGAAAUCAAAUUUUAAUAUAUUUGUUAAGCCACAAAUGCUAAUUAUGCUCUAUAUUGAAAGUUUCUAACUUUACUUCUUCUGAUAAAUAUAGAAUGCGCUGAUAUAAAAAACUGUACUUUCAAUGAUGGAAAAUACACAGUGGGCAGCAAAAGCACAGGUAUAGGACUGUAGCAGAAAAUGAACAGCAAACAAACACACAAACACACAAACAACAACAACAACAACAACAACAACAACAACAACAACAACAACAGCAACAGCAACAGCAACAACAACAACAACAACAACAACAACGGCAACAACAACAACAACAACAACAACAACAACAGCAACAGCAACAACAACAACAACAACAACAGUGACAACAAGGGUCUAGUCUUAAAUGUACAUAAUUAUAUUUCCAGAUCCUCCAAGGAUGGAACUCAAAACAACCAAACGAACUGUGUAUCCGAAAUCAACAAUCGGCUUACACUGUGGACUGUGUCAGAGCAACCCAGCAUCCACCAUUGAAUGGUUAUUCAACGGAAAACCACUCAUUUUCCAAGGAGCGAGAAUGCACAAAACCUCGACUAAAUGCCAAGAAACACUGUUUUUGUUGACAGCCUUAAGUGAAGAUGAAGGCAAUUACACUUGCGUGGCCAGGAACAAAUACGGUGAAGCGAAUUCGACCACAGAACUCAAAAUUAUUGGUAAAUCUUACUUUAACCAUUUAACAAUAUCAAUAAGAAUAUUUCGAUAUUCUCAGCAUGCUGAUAUCGAAACUCUUACUGCAAUAAUUUAAUAGUUGCAGAUCAAAAACGAUUUAUCUUUUGUUCUAGGCAGUGGUUGUUCAACUGAAUGCGUUUUGACUGACGAUGGAAGACGUAAAGUUGGCACUGGAUUGGGUGAGAAACCAGCCUGAAUUCAAAUUCCUAAAAACUUGGUUGUGGAAACAUGAAAAUUGUGACGUUUCUUCGCCCAUAGUUGGAAAGAUAAUUAUUGCAACUAUAUGGGUGUCCGUGGUUUGUGUCUGAACCACCCGAAAAUGAUAUCUCAAACGCGGAGGUCCACUGUAGGUAGUUGAAUAAACUACCGUGGUUUGCGUCUGAACUACCUGAAAAAAAGGUUCAAACAGUUCGAAAACUGAUGUGUUCCUAAUAAUCUUUUUCAGGCAGUUCCAACAGUCCAUGAUGUACUGUUAUUGUCAACCUUUUCUCUUUAUUUCAACAACAGGGCCACCAAAAAUGAAAGUCGAGCGGAUCUUUUAUAUCAACAUUGUGACCAACAAUAUGGUAACGAUAUCAUGUGGAUUGUGUGAAAGUAAUCCACCAUCAACAGUGACAUGGUUUCUCAAUGGUAUCCAACUCGAUCUAAACAAAAAUGGAAUACGAGUAAUUUCUGGUCAAUGCGAAGAAUCACUGUAUUUUCAAGCCUUGAAAAAUAGAGCAGGGAACUACACAUGUAUGGCUAAAAAUGAUUUGGGGCAAGCGAAUUUCACGACGAAAUUAAAUGUUUGGGGUAUGAUAUACUUGAUAUUAUUCUCCAGUUUUGUUGGUUUUAUGUUUUUUCAUUAACCUACACAUUGCUAUGCGGUAUAUGCUGGUUUCACUCAAGUACUAUUAGCACAUAAUCAGCAACCUGCAACCGUGAUCAGAGUGAAGUUGUUAAAGUGCCCAUGUCAUGAUUUGGGAUUUUAAAAAUUUUUAUCAUUGGUGCAUUUUAUGAAGAAAUGCAAUAUAUCUUUAUAAGAAAAUAUACCAUCUUCAUAGGAUUAUCAGCCCUCAAAGUUACUGGAUAUGACAUCAAACCGGGAAUUUUAUACGCUAGAAACAAAAGAAAUCUAAUUUGCAACUCCCAGUUUGAUGUCAUAUCCGGUAACUUUGAGGCCUGAUAAUCCUGUGAAGAUGGAAUAUUUUCUUUUAAAGAUAUAUUACAUUUCUUCAUAAAAUAUACCAAUGAUUACAAAUAAUAAAUUACACAAAUUAUGACACAGGCACUUUAAUUCUUUUCGUUGUACGAACUACACUGAAUGCGAGAGAUUUUCAGCAAGAAAAUUUAAGUACGUUUAGAUUGAAAGAACUUCUUAAAAUGUAGAACAAGACAUUUUACAAAAUUUUUAUAUCUUUCUUUGGUUCGACGAUAUUCCAGUUCGUUUGAUAUGUUAAUCAGAUGACGUUACAAGCUGGAUGAACUUUUUGACAGGUCACAGGACCCACGUUUUUGCACGCUAGAUUAUUCAAUUGAAUCAUCGAUCAUGAUCGAUAUAGAUCUGAAUGAUUUGAUCUGGCGCGACUGCCGUCUUUGAAAUUUAUAUUUUGCCAGCUUGUGACGUUAUAGAUGUAUUUCAUUUGCAUAUCAAACAAACUCAAAUAUCUUAAGAAUGACAAGAGAUAAAAAAGUUGUAAACAGACUUCUCUCUUCUCUCCAAACAUACUUGAAUUUCAUUGCCUUUAAAGUGUUUUUGAGAAGAGGGAAUGAUGAGGAAACUCUAUGAAAGCUUUGGAAUGACUUGCAUUUGGUGGGAAAAUAAAUUGAAACAUGUAGCUUAAUUUUUUGCUCCUGUCGGUGUGGGCAAUUAUUUUUGAAGUUAAAAGCACUAUCUGCAGCCUUCAUAUUCAUUUAUUUCCCAACUAUAGAUAGCAAUUUAAAUAGACCAAUGAUUACUGUCAAGCUAGAAGCACAAACUGGUACCAUUCACGGGAAUGCAGUUAAAAUUGGGUCACGACUUAAUAUUACUUGCACCAUACUUACUCCGAACUGUGCAAAGUUGAUUUGGUCGUGGAAGAAGAAUGAUCAAUUGAUCACACAAAAUGAAACUCAGUACAGACAGGAAAAUGGUAUGAAUCCAUGUGCAAGAAAGCUAGUGAUGAUUGAGAAAGUGACGGCUGCUAGCACGGGAAAAUACCAAUGCAGUGCCGUGGGAUGGCAUAAGUUGCACUUGAAAGCCCCUAGUGAUAAUGAUAUUUUAAUAAGCGCUGGUGAGUAAUAUACAUUGCAGCCACAAAAGUACCACAUGUCAUUAUCAUUGCAGCCACAAAUUAAUACCACAUGUCAUUACUGCAGCCACAAAAGUACCACAUGUCAUUACCAUUGCAGCCACAAAAGUACCACAUGUCAUUACCAUUACCAUUGCAACCACAUUUCAUUACCAUUGCAACCACAUGUCAUUACCAUUGCAGCCACAAAAGUACCACAUGUCAUUACCAUUGCAACCACAUUUCAUUACCAUUGCAACCACAUGUCAUUACCAUUGCAGCCACAAAUGUACCACAUGUCAUUACCAUUGCAACCACAUGUCAUUACCAUUGCAGCCACAAAAGUACCACAUGUCAUUACCAUUGCAACCACAUGUCAUUACCAUUGCAACCACAUGUCAUUACCAUUGCAACCACAUGUCAUUACCAUUGCAGUCACAAAAGUACCACAUGUCAUUACCAUUGCAACCACAUGUCAUUACCAUUGCAACCACAUGUCAUUACCAUUGCAGCCACAUGUCAUUACCAUUGACGCCACAGACGUACCACAUGUCAUUAUCAUUGCAGCCACAAAAGUACCACAUGUCAUUACCAUUAAGUUGGUUAGAUUUGCAACGUAAUAAAGGGUCGGUUGGUGAUACAGUGGUUAGUGGAUGUACCUUUCAGGAGCCCCUGAUUCCUGCAACAUGCAGUCAUGCUUACUUAUUUGUCUGCGUGAUUAUAAUUUCGCCUCGUUUGCAUGUAAGAAGAGUGCUUCCAGUGUAACUGUACCAAAAACAACAGGUUUUCUCUGGGUACGUACUCUGACUUCUUCCUGUGGUAACAAAUAACAGAUGGCUCUUACUGCACUUCUAGAACAGGUUAGAACUGAUAGAGCUAUUUUAGUUUGGGUUUCUUCCUAUGGUAACACUAGAUCAACAAGGGAUAGUCUUGUCCUGUCCUGUCCAGUCUUGUCCUGGCAGACAUUUCCAUUCGAAAUACUACGUUUCCCCUCGUAUAACACUGGAGGAACAAGGUAUGGACCUUUUGGGACCUCUGGGGAGAACAGUUUAGAACUGAUAGAGCUUUCUUAGUAAGGAUAGAAUUAACUUAGAACGUGUUCACCAUAUUAUUCUGUCUGUAUCUUUCCAGUUCCCUGCUUUAGAGGUUUCUACUGUCCACAGAAACUUCAAGAAGCUAAACGUUGCCCAAACGGUACAUUUAGCAUGCAACAGGAUGCCACAAACCUCACACAGUGUGAGCUAUGUCCAACUAAAGCAAGAAACAAAACUUUGUUGGCCAAAAAUCCAGAAGUAGCGAGCAUUUUUAGGAUAAACUGUCCAUAUUACACAGGUAUGAUGCUGCCUUCUUCACGGGAUGAAUGCCCAUUUGACUUCUGUUGGAUAGUCUUUAUAUAUCAUACUUGAUCAUUUGAACGAACUUGGGCAAAGAGUUUGUCUGAUAUAUCAACCGUUUUAUAUCAUUGUUUCAGUUCCAGAAACGUCAGAUAACCAUUCAGGUUUAUCUCAUGGUGAGAUAGCGUCCAUUGCUGGGUCAUUGAUAGCAUUGGUUAUGUUGGUUAUUCUGGCAAUAUUAUAUGGUAUGCGGAACUGUCGGGAUUACAAGAAAUUGAUUUACCGCCCGCAAAAAGACAUUCAAAUAGGUAAGUUCAUUCUUUAUUUAUUUAUUUGUACUGGAUAUUCUCCAUUAUCAGUUUUAAAAUACCCUACUUAGAGGUUCAGCAAAAGUCAUACUACAGGAAGAAAUCUAAACCAAACUAAAUUUAAUUAUACUAGACAGCUCUAACAGUUCUACACUGUUCUUCCUUUAGUGACCUUUAGUCCAUAUGCUUUAGGCCAGUAAAGGUCAUCCUGAAUUGGUGGGGAAAUCAAGGUGAUUUGUGGUGUUUGAUUCAGUCUAAAAAGGAGCAUACGGCCAAAGCAAAAUUAUAAUCAGACAACUGUUGCAGGUACACAGAAUAGAGACUAUACAGAAGCCCAGCUUCUUGGUUUUUCCUAUCUUUUUGGCCUAACCGUAAUUCGUCAUCAAAAUGCGGACGCCAUGUUCCUAGCCAGUGCGCUUAUACUGAGGCAUUCAUCCCCAUGAUAACAUACACAAUGGCGGACGUCCAGGGGGGAUGCCUCUCACACUGGCCUCUCAUAAGCGCACUGGCUAGGACCGUGGCGUCAGAAUUUUGAUGACGAAUCAUGGCGUGGCAGCGGUUACGCUUUUCUGGCUGAGUCGACCUUCUGUGUGUCUUUAUUCUGUGGCAGGAAGUUAAAUCCCGGAUACUUGGACCUCUUGAUUAUUUUAAAAAUUCAUUGAUCAAUCUUUCCUAGAAAUACCGGAUGUCCCUCAAUCGGCAGACGUUUUCGUCUGCUACAGUUCCAAGAAUCGAGAAUGGGUGCACGGUACGCUCUUUUCAAACCUGCGAGCACAGCAUUUCGAAACGUUUAUCGAUUUCAUUGACUUCGAAAUUGGCGUUCCCAUCCAUCAAAAUAUAGUAAACGGCAUUUACGGCAGUAGAAAGACAAUAUUCGUGUUGUCAAAGGACUCUUUGAAGAGUUACUAUGCCCGUACAGAGCUCAGUCAGGCCCUGGCUGCAGGCAGGCAGACUGGACAUCAAGUGAUCGUAAUUCUGUAUGAGAAAUGCAAGGUUCCUGAGGAGAUUUCAAAUAUUGUGUACCUUGACUGGACGGAUGAAGAAAAGAGAGAUCACUUCUGGGAGAAGUUGUAUGAUGCUGUACGAAAACCACUAAAAAGUGAAGUGGCGGUUUAAAGUUUUACGCCUGUAUUCAAGCUUCCCUUGCGUGUCAGUGCUGUUUUUGGAAUAGCUUGAGGGUGAGUAGUCACAUAGUAAGGUACGACACUAACCCCCAGCUACACAAAAACAGUGUUGACACUCAAGGAAAACUCAGAUUGAACCUCCACUCUUUGAGUGUGAGUGAGCUUUUAGAAUACAGAACAUAUAAGACGGACCACAAUUCUGCAAACACCUGGCGAAUUGGAAAACAAAGUAUUGGAGUUAUACAAGAUAUCAGAACGGACAAGAAUUCGUAAAAACAAUGAAUACCUGACAAUUAGAAACUUGGAAAGUGUUGGGUUCUAUAAUGGACCAUAAUUGUGCAAUACUACAUAAGAAUGGCGAUUAUACAGACAUUGCAAAGCAAGGAUCACAAGACGAACUAUAAUUGUAAGACAAACUGUGAAAAUAGAAAGAUUUUCCGACGUAUUGGAGUUCCUCAAGGAUCUUAAGAUAGACCGCCUUUCAUAAACUGUAGUAUAAGCGUAUGUAAAUAUUUUUUAUUCUUUAUUAUGGCCAUUAAGGUCUCGUCUAAGCCUUGUGCUGCAUUGUAAAUAGUAUCUAUUAUAUGAUCGUACACGAAUAACUAUUAAAAAUCAAAAAAAGAAAAUUAUAGUCAGAG